AUGUCGAGAUCAGGAACUCGAAAGACGAAGGACCCAGCAGCCUCGUCUAGCCAGACUCCCUCCCAGACACAGAGACAGACAACCAACAACAAUAACGACAACCAGGCCAGGAGUCACCAACGAGACACCACACCUCUCAACCCCACCUCCACUGCUCGAAAUAGCCAUCCGGAGGUAAUACCCAUUGAGGAUGGCCCGAACGACAGCCACUUCGCAGAUGCAAAGCGCUUCCGCUUGGCUUCUAUCAUCCUCUUUGUCUGCAUCUUCUCCUUUGUCCUGCAGACGGAACUGACAAAGUACGUGCAGACAUCCAUGGGAUACCACAAGCCAUACUUCAUCCUUUACAUCUCCCACUCAUUCUGGGCAAUUGCUCUCCCUGCCCAGUUCGUUUACACAACCUAUAUCUCGCGUUCAGCCCCAACAUCCCUCUCAUCACUCCAGGACCGAAUCGACUACUUUGCUAAGCUCAUCCGCCAGUCCACCAGCGAUCUCAAGCACCGCAAGGCUGAUUAUACCGCGGUCAAUACUUCAGAAUCUACCUCCCAACCGACAGCGUCCUUCGCCUCAACAACAACCGUUUACACUUCUAGAGAAAAGAGAGCCCUAUCCAAGUAUCUCUUUUGGCUGACCUUUGGUAUGACCACGCUCUUCAUGGUACCUUCCUACCUUUGGUACGCCUGUAUUGCCAUGACAUCGAUGGCCAACUUGACCGCCAUCUACAACACUGCCUGCUUCUUUGCCUACCUCUUCUCGAUCCUCCUGCUUCGAGAGAAGAUUGUUAUGAACAAGGUCUUGGCCGUCUUCCUGUCUCUUCUCGGCGUGGCAGUGAUCAGUUUGACAACCAGAGACUCUGGUGGUGAUGGCAAGUCUGUCGCUGGCAAGUUGUCAUUCUCCAUGGCGGGUGAUGUUCUUGCUCUUGUCGGAGCGGCUCUUUAUGGCUUUGAGGAGGUCAUGUACAAGAAAUACGCCUCAACCAAGGUUGCCCCCGUCACCUUUGCCAACACUCUGACUGGAUUGAUGGGAGUCGUUACUCUCACCAUGCUCUGGGUCCCUAUUCCACUGUUCCAUUGGAUUGGCCACGAGAUCAUGGAGUUGCCUACAUGGAAAGAGUUCCUUUCAAUCCUCAUGAUCGCCACUCUUGGAUUGAUCUACAAUGGAUGUUUCAUGAUCGUGGUCUCGAUGACUAACCCCGUCUUUGCAGCUGUGGGUGUAAUGGCGACAAUUCCAUUGGUGGCCUUGAUAGACUGGGCGCUCUUCCAUGAAACCAUCGGCUGGGGUAACAUCGUUGGCGGUUUGAGUAUCUUGGCAGGGUUUACUAUUCUUGUUCGAGAGAACCGCAAACACUAG